AUCGGGUUUAUCGGGUAUCAGCCUCAAAUUUGGAACAAAAUAUUUGAAAUCUAAACUUGAUAUUUCGUGUUAUUCAACAAUUCAACCAAAUUCAGCAUCGAAAAGGAGUUUCUCAACGAUAUUACGCGUAUAAAAUAUCGAUCGAUAUUUGCGAUUAUUAAACCAGAUAUCGAUGCUAUCGAUCAACAUGCGAAUUUUCAAAACGGUGUUGCUACUCGCCGCGUUCUGUUCUAACAGAGUUGCGCAGUGUUUACCGAUUGCGAACGAAACAUCGAUUGUGGAAUCAUCGAAUCCGACAACAUCGACUCCCUUCAAUUCUACAAUCGAUUAUUACGAUCAGCGACAAAACGGAUCUGAGAAUUAUCGUGUUCACGUGGAUGGCGUGAUGCUCGUCAUUGCUCCUGUUGAGACACUCCUUCUAGCAGGUGUUGCUGACAAUAAUAAACCUAGUUUGCCGGCAAUUGAUUCUUCAAAACCACCAUCGAGUAAACCGGAAAUCAAUCUUAAACUGUCACCAAUGUCCAAGUCAGCACAAAGGACUGGCUUACGCUUGGCGAAUUUAUUGGUUCCUCUGUUGCGUCGUAUUCGCCAUGAAUGAAGAAUUCGAACUUUUAUACGAAACACAAAAUAUUUACACGUAAAAUUUAAUUGCUCCAUUAUCAUUUUU